AUGGAGCUUUCUACAGCAUUCUUGCUCUUCAGUGUGUUAACUGUAGCGAAGGCGCUGAUUGACUCUGAUGACGUCAUUACUCGUGAUGAGCAAAUCUUCCUCCUGAUUCGUGCAAGGACGAGAUGUGAGAGAAGAAUCCUUGGACAGCUGAGGACAGUACGAGAAGGUGACUGCAUGCCAGAGUGGGAUGGAAUCAUCUGCUGGCCUAAAGGGAAGCGCAGUCAGCUUUUAGCUAUGCCUUGCCCCGAGUAUGUUUAUGAUUUUGACCACAAAGGUCAUGCGUACCGUAACUGUGAUGCUUUGGGGAACUGGGAGCAGGUUUCCACCAUCAACCGUACUUGGGCUGAUUACACUGAGUGCACAACCAAGCUGCAGUCUAACCAUGGCAAGCAAGAGGAGGAGGUGUUCAGGCGGCUUCACGUAAUGUACACUACGGGCUAUUCCAUCUCUUUGACCUCGUUACUGGUGGCCGUCUUCAUCCUCUGCUACUUUAAACGUUUACACUGCACUCGUAACUACAUCCACACCCACCUGUUUACCUCCUUCAUAUGCCGGGCAGUCAGCAUCUUCGUUAAGGACGCUGUUCUCUACUCAGAGGAAGACACUAAAGCAGAGUAUGGAGAAGUGGGAAUCCAGGCUCAGAUGGUGGGCUGUAAAGUGGCUGUGACCUUUUUCCACUAUUUCCUGGCGACAAAUCACUACUGGAUCCUUGUUGAGGGCCUGUACCUGCACAGUCUGAUCUUCAUGGCUUUCCUGUCUGAUAAAAAUUAUUUGUGGGCUCUGACCAUCAUCGGCUGGGGUGUUCCUGCUGUGUUUGUCUCAAUUUGGGUCAGUGUUCGAGCCUCGCUGGCUGAUACACAAUGUUGGGAUAUCAGUGCAGGGAAUGUGAAAUGGAUUUUUCAAGUUCCGAUCCUUGCAGCCAUUGCUGUCAACUUCUUUCUUUUCCUAAACAUAAUCAGAGUUUUGGCGUCAAAGCUGUGGGAGACUAACACAGGAAAACUGGAUCCGAGGCAACAAUACAGGAAGCUGCUGAAGUCAACUCUGGUGCUGAUGCCACUCUUUGGGGUACACUACAUGGUGUUUAUGGGUCUUCCUUACACGGAGGUCACUGGGCUGCUUUGGCAGAUACAGAUGCACUAUGAGAUAUUCUUCAAUUCAUUGCAGGGCUUUUUUGUGGCCUUCAUCUACUGUUUCUGUAAUGGAGAGGUGCAGGCAGAGGUGAAAAAGGUGUGGUUAAGGCGUAGUCUUGCUCUGGAUAUCAAGCAAAAGGCACGUGUAGUCAGCAGCACCGGGGGCGGGAGCUGUUACUAUGGUGGCAUGACAUCACACACCACCAACCAGAGCAUCUGCCUUGGUGCACAGGGCCCAAACCCAGCUCGGGGUAUGUCCUUAGGAGUCAGAGGCCAAUCGCACGUUGCUAACUUGCCGGGAUACAUACCUAAUGAGACUGCAGAAACCAUGCUACCUAUAGUUCAGCAUUCUGAGCUUAGACGUGCCAACAGCAUGGGGACACUAUAUGAUCAGAAUGGGCAAAACAUUGUAGGAACCCAAGAAAUGCAAGAAGGGUUAGAGAAAGAUCCAUCUCUAUACUUCAUAUCUGAAGAUCAUUCCAGCUCGGUGUUGCUGAAAGAUCUGGAAACGAUUCUAUGAUAAACUUAGUCACCUAUAUUGUAAUACUUCUGUGGUGUUAUCGGUUAUUCCUGCUUUUUGCGACUGAAUAUGUUUGUUUAUUAUGUGUAUGUCAUAUUUCUAUUAUUUUUUUAGUCAAAACUACUGACCUGACAAGCAUCUAUAUAGUCAUAGAUAUUUAUUUGUUGAUUAGCCAUAUCCAACUGCAUUGAAAGUAAGAAAUUGGGAUAGGCUUUAUUGUGAUUUAGCAAUUUAAAAGCUAGAUAGGGUGAAAACAUUCCUAUGUGUGUGUAAAUACUGUGCCUUUAAUAAUCCACCCCAUGACCAACACCCCAAAUUUCUUUAUUUAUUUGUUUUACUAAGUGGAAAUGAAAUGGAUUUUUGGGGGAUUUGGAUUGGAAUUUUGCACUGUGU